AUAUGUGUGUGUGUGUGUGUGUGUGUGUGUGUGUGUGUGUGUGUGUGUGUGUGUGUGUGUGUGGGUGUGGGUGUAUGUCUGUGUGUGUGCAUGCAUGUAUGUCGGUCUGUGUUUGUGAGUGUCUGUGUGUGUGUUUGUAUGUCUGUGUGUGUGUGUGUGUGUGUGUGUGUGUGUGUGUGUGUGUGUGUGUGUGUGUGUGUGUGUGUGUGUGUGUGUGUGUGUGUGUGUGUGUGUGUGUGUGUGUGUGUGUGUGUCUGCGUGUGCAGAUGAGCUGCAGCGGCAGCGCUCCACCAGCAGAGUGAAGAUCUGCGUCUCGGUGGCGCCCCCUAUGCCCACCUUCCCCUCACCACACACCAUCCGCCGGCAGCAGAGGAGCGGCCUGGCCCGCGCGCAAGAGAGAGCGGAGAGAGAGCGUGAGAUCGACCAGCAACCACUCAAGGAGAGGGCAAUAAGGGAACCAGAACCACAGACGCUACAGAGAAAGGAACGGCCAAGAAGAGAGGCCGAUUUUCAGACCAUUCAGAGAAAGCCCGUCUCCACCACUGAAGAUGAGGCCAGCGAACCUCCAGGGGGCCACAGAGCAAGGGGCCAGGUCUCCAGGGGUCAGGUCUCCAAGGGCCCCACCACGGCCGACAAGCAGACCAGCUGGUCCAAGGAGUCCCUCUCCACCACGGACCAACAGACCGAACCCACCUCCAUCUCCUCCUGCAUCAUCCCCAUUAAUGUCACAGGCGUGGGCUUCGACAGGGAGGCCAACGCGCGCUGCUCCCUGGUCCACUCCCAGUCGGUGCUGCAGCGGAGGAGGAAGCUGCGGAGGAGGAAGACCAUCACGGGGAUACCCAAGAGAGUCCAGCAGGACAUGGAUUCGGACGAGUCCCCAGUAGCGAGAGAGAGGACCGUAGGGCUCCAUGCAAACGCCCAGCAGCUGGCCCUCUGUCAGGAGGAGCUGUGCCUCUCGGGACGCCUCCAUCACACGCGAGACUCCGGCUGCCAAACCGACGACUUCCUCAUAUCCUCCUCGGCAGCACCCUCCAGGCGGCGAAUCCGAGCGCAGCGCGGCCACCAGGGCAUCCCGGCCUCGCUGUCCCACUCCACGGGGAACAUCUCGUCCCUGGGCGACCCGUGCGACGGCGCCUACACCAGCACCACCUCCAAUGGCAUCCGCUUGCGCUCCCGCAGUUUGCCCCGCGAAGGCGGCCGUCUCAUGGACAGCGACGACGACGACGACGACGACGACGACGACAACUACGACGACGACGACGAAGACGAGGAGCUGUCGCCCUACGAGGCGGAGGACUUCCUGCCCGGCGGGCCCAGCCCCCGGAUGAUGAUGAUGAUCAUGAAGGACGAGGAGGAGAGCACGGACGACCAGGCGGCCCCUGAGCCCUUGCAGCUGGGCAGCCUGAAGAGGAUGCAGCGCUCCGGGGAGCGGGACCGGGGCUGCGGCGGAGGUGGGAGUCCCGAGCACGGCUGGAUGGAGAGGGGUCGCUCCCGCCUGCCCCGCAAGGCCGACAUGGGCAGCUGCGAGAUCUCGUCAAGCUCGGACACCUUCAGCAGUCCCAUCCACUCGGCGUCCACCACGGGGGUCCUUGGCGGCCAUGUGGACCACAAGGAGGACCACCAGUCGUCGAGCGGCAACUGGAGCGGUUCCAGCUCCACCUGUCCCUCCCAGACCUCGGAGACCAUCCCGCCUCCUUCCUCGCCACCCCUCACGGGCUCCUCCCACUGUGACUCCGAGCUGUCACUCAACACUGUGCCCAACGCCAUCGACGAAGGCUUCGUCCUGGACACCUCCUACCACUCAGACCUCAGACCUCAGGGCCAGGGCCAUCGCUCCAGCUCCUUCACCUCCUCGGCCACGGACCAGCUGGACGACGCCGGGGUCAGUACGGCCAGCGAAGGGGAGUGGACCUACCCGCAGGACCACGACCAGGCAGACCCGGACCAGGACCCGGAGAACUCCCAAGGCCGGAGCCUCAAGUCCGGGCUGGAGGACCCAACCUGCUUCACCGACAAGACCAGCAACCCGGAGAAACAGCCUGACUCUCUAUACCAGUCGGACACAGAGGGAUUUUACUCCUCUGGGCACUUUGGAGAAUACAACCAGAGCUACAGAGGACCCAUGUACAACUAUGCAGACCCAGAGCCUGGCUGUGGCCCACCCAGCACUGUGGUAGCCCCUCUAGCCCAUGGAGUUUACAACCAGCCCCAGUCGGACUACAGGCUGGGCACGAUGACCCUGGGGAGAACCUGCCGUCCACUGAGGAAGUCAAAGGCCAAGCCCCCGCCACCCAAGCGGAGUUCAUCCCUGAAGGACCCCGUCGCUACUGUCGACGCGGGGACAGCCGUGGCUGUGGAGCUGGAACAGGAGCAACCAAAGACAGUUAGCGAUCAAGACCUCACCUUGUCUUCCAGAGAUAUGAAGUUGGACCUGGAGCUCGAGCUGGCAGCGCCUCCGGAGCCCCUCCAGACCUCCUGCCUCGUGGCCGAGCCCUUGGGGACCUGGGGGAUGGAGCUGAGGGAAACGGUGGACAUCGUGGAGCCCAUGUCCUUCGGAUCCACGGACACACACUCGUUCAAAGACGACGGCGCCGUGCAGUCCGACUAUGCAGACCUGUGGCUCCACAACCACGAGCUACGGUCCGGCAACGGGGAAUACACGUCCAUGUCCAACUCCAGUACGGCCACCGGCACCACCGUCAUGGAGUGCAUCAAGUCUCCGGACAGCUCCACCUCGUCUACCGAGAGCCAGACCCCGGCCCCCAACCCACCACCUAUAGAGUGCAGGGCCUCCAGCCCCCCUCUGCCCCCCACUGAAGGAGACUUCAAGCUGGGCUCGCCGGAGAAGCUGGCCGGCCUUGCCUCCCCCUCCAGCGGCUACUCCAGCCAAUCGGAGACGCCGACGUCGACCUUCCCCUCUUCCUCCGCGGCGUUCUUCCCCGGGCCGCUGUCUCCGACGAGUGGGAAGAGGAAGCCCAAAGUGCCGGAGCGGAAGUCCUCCCUCUCCUCACUGCAGCACUUUCCCCGGGAAGGAAACCCCAUGAGCUCUUCCUACAAGAGAGACCCCGACUUCCCCCCUCCUCCCUCCCAGCUGGACCUCCACGUCCUGCACGGCGGACACGCCCGAUACACGCUGGCCCACCGGACGCAUCACAUGCACACGCUGCACCACAGCAAGCCCCGGAUCCUCACCGCCGUGGUCGCGGGCGCUCGGUGCUCGACGGCGGAGAAGCUGAACUCCAACCCGCUGAACUCCAACCCCAUCCCGCUGAUCCCCAGUGCUAAUCUGCUGGCCAUCACGCCGUCCGCCCUGCGCGCCGUGCAGCUGCGCUCCGUGGCCCAGCCCCGAGAGGAGAGCUCCGGACCUGCGGAGAAGCCAGCGGUCCACAGGUUGGAGACGGCCACCAGGCCCAAGUACGCCCCCAGUGCUACGACGCUGGCGCCGCCUCCGGUCAACACCAGGCCCCUCCCGCCUCGUCGACCGCCUCCCCAAAGACCCUCAGCUCAGGACCACACCUCCUCCCCCGACCACGCCCAUCCCCCCUCCCACCCGCCCGCCCCGCCCCCCCCAGGACGCCACCCAGACGGCCCGCCCCCCUACGAGAGCCUGCGGCUCAGACAGGACCGCUACGGCCCCGGGACCCUCUGGGCCAUGUCGGCCUUCAGAACCCGGGUGGAGCCGCUGGCCUGCAUCCCCCUGGAGGACUCCCCCCUGCAUCGACCAGUCCCCCGCGCCCCCAACCCCUCCCCGGUGGACCUCCACACACACAUCAACUCCCACGUGGAGUUCAGGGGGCUGACGCCCACCUCGGCCCUGAAGCACCCAGAGUUCAGGGUGCUGGGGGAGCGCACGUUCUCCUUGGACGAGGACGAAGAGGAGGAGGAGGAAGAGGAGGAGGAAGAGGAGGAGCCCGCGCCUCCACGGAGGACGUGCGCUCCGGUGUGCUCCGGCAGGAUCGGGCCGCGGUCAGACCAGCCUCCGCCCCCGGCGUACUGCCACGCCGCGGGGUACCACUCAGACUCAGGGUCCUGGGCCAGUCCAGCCAAAGUGCCUGGUGCCUCCAUGGACACAUCGCACCCUUACCCAAUCAGCGAUGUGCGACUAGCACGGCGGGAACGCGAGGAGGAGGAGGAGGAGGAAGUGACAUCAGGUGCUACCCGAAGUGCCCAUCAGCAUCCGCUGUCUGAGGGCAGGGACGACUCCACCACCCCCGACACGGAGGACUACUUCAGUAAAGAUUCCACACCAAGUGACAAUUCCCUGUCGCCAAUGAUGGACGACUCCAAAGUGGACGAUGACAUCAUGUUCACAUCGCCCAACAAGAUGCGGACAACGGAGGACUUAUUUGCAAUGAUACACAGGUCCAAGCGGAAGGUGCUGGGCCGCAAGGACUCCGGGGACAUGAGCCUGAAGUCCCGCGUCCUGUGUCCCCCUCCCCCGCCGCCACCCUGCGUGGUCCCCUCCAUCGUCCUCCCCCCCGCCCCCCUCUUCUGCCCCCCCGUGGCCCCGCCCUGCCUCCCCCCUCCGUGCCUGCCGCCCCCCAGCCUGGCCCAGCGGGCGCCCGUCCCCAUCUACCGGAGCGCCAAGAAGUCCAGCACCUCCAACGAGGAGUUCAAGCUCCUCCUCCUCCGCAAGGGCAGCCGCUCCGACUCCAGCUACCGCAUGUCGGCCACCGAGAUCCUCAAGAGCCCCAUCACACCCAAGACCCCCGGGGACCCCCUGGAGGGGGGCCGCCCGCCGUCGGCCGACGAGCCCCCCUGCGGCUACCAGCAGGAGGGUUCCCCGGGGGUCCCCGGCCUGGAGCCCAUCCAGAUCCCGGGGCUGUUCCCCAGGGCCAACGCCGAGAGCUUCACCCCCAAGACCCUCCCCCUGUCGGCGGUGGCCAGGCAGGGCCGCUCGCGCAUCCCCCCGGUGGCCAACAGCAGCCGCUACAGCACGCGCAGCCGGCUGUACACGGCGCCCAUGCAGGCCAUCUCCGAGGGGGACACGGAGAACUCAGACGGUAGCCCCCACGACGACAGGUCCUCCUGAUCGACCAAUCGGAUGGCCGCCGCCCUUAUAAAAGCUGCAUUUUGUCCACCCCCCCCCCCCCACACACACACACACACACCCCCCGUCCAUCGUCUCAUCCGUACCCCACACCCCGAUACACACACACCACCCCACCCCCCCCCCCUCGACCUGAAUCGACUGACGUUUCCAAGGAAACAGACGUUGUAGAGGCGGAGGCUCAGUCCACUGUUGCUGAUUAUCACUAGUUAGAAGUCUGCACUCUCUAGGAUCUGAAGUGCGGAAACGCUAACGAGCCUAGGAACUUUAUCCAAACGCUCAAAAUAAAACGCUCUGUGUUAAAUAAGAGCCAGACUGACCUAUUUUGAUCAAAAAAACAUUUUAUAUGUCAACAUUUUGUUAAGUUAUGACAAAAAAGAGAAUUCUUCGGGUUUAUGUACAUCUCGCAUGUAGGUGCAAACGAAAGCACCAACUAUUUCAUCUCAUGUGCUGGUGUGGGGAUACGUGGACGUGUGUGUGUCUGUGUGUAUGUGUGUGUGUGACUGCUUUAUUAUAUACAAGAAAAAGUUUAAUACUGUUUCAACUUUUGGUGCCCAAAGCAGUGACCACCCUGACUGACCCGUGGGAGUGGACGUUCUUAACAACACCAGAACAUUUUUAACAGACAAAAAACAUCUUUACCUUACAUGAAUCCCAUCUGCAUCGCUGCAUCAACGUACAGAGAUAUUUCAAAAGGUUCAUUCUAUAUUUGCUGAGAGUUAAGGCGGUGUCCUGAUGCAUGCGUUUUUGUGAGGCAGCCCAGAGAACCCGGUGAAGUCUUUCCUCUCGCAUGAUUUGGGAUGGAGACAUCUUGGACUCUCUGGUGGCUUUGUGGGGCGCGUUUUAGGGAUUUUAGGAAUCAUGAAUCCUUCACUGUGAAAGGUUUCUGUGAGAUUCGCUUAAUAAGUUGUCAGUGUUCAGAUUUCCGUUUUUCUCAUUGUAACCCGUGAGUCUAAAGAGCAAGGGACUUGUCUCCGGACCGGUCGGGUCUCGGACACUCGAAGGCUAAUUUAGGACAAUCGCACGGUGGCCUUUCUAUACUGCAGGUGGUAGCAAGUAGCUUAAUUAGCAGUCCUUUAAAACCUGCGGACACAGGCCAUGUUCGAAACAGGAAGUGAGGAAUACUUUGCGAGACACCGAUCGCAUGCGUUGCGAUCGAGUAUAGCAAAACCAAACUGCCUGUCGGCCGCGUCGUUACACAUUUAGGGAAUUGACAACCUAGUGAAAGAUUCUUUGGUAGUUCAAACCGAAGGAACAAAAACGCCGGCCGGCAGAAUGCUUUAGAAGAGUUCCCUAAUCAACUGGAACGUCAAUUUGGAAAAAAUAAAAUUUCCGAAAGCCAACUUCCCUUUUUGCACUUCAUGAUGGUUCUUAAAAAGAAAAAAAUAUAUUCCUUGAAUAGAAAAUAUAUCUUAUGAAUUUAAGAAAAAAAUGUAUAUUUGUAUUGACGUAGUAAAGUAAUACUGAUGACACAUGACGACGAUGACGAUGAAGAUGAGCCGGGUAUCAUUUUUAUUUGAGCGGAUCAGCCCAAGAGAGUAGCAAAGAUGAAGAGCUAUGGAUGAUGAUGAUGAUGAUGAUGAUGAUGAUGAUGAUGAUGAUGAUGAUGAUGACGACGUCACACUAUGACAUCACGCAAUGACAUCACAUGCCAGUGCUCGUGCUCAGUAGCCCCUCCCCUCUCGCACUUGUCUCUCUCUCUCUCCCUGCACUGACCCAGUAGCAUUAGACAGGUGAAAGCGGAACGCCAUACAGCAGUUGUUUUGUUGUUUACACAGCCUCCUGGCUUCACUCAAAACAAGCAGUGUGGUCAUGAAGGGGGUAUGGGUGGAGGGGGGAACUAUCCUGUUCAAAACGGUUGGGUGGAGCCAGUCAGACGCUCAGCGGCCCCCUCCCCACACACGAUGUAGGCUCACACUCACAGACUGAACUUCAAUGGAAACGACUCACUGUAUUCUGUGAAUACCUCCAACACAUUACUGUUUCAAAUCAUGUAGAUGCAAUGUAUAGAUAGAAUGCUAGGAUAGAUAGGUAGGUAAAUAGAUAGAUCCCCACUCACAAUUGUUUAAUACUCAGCGAAUCCGGACUGCAGAGCUGACACUGUGUAAGAUAGGAGGGGGAAAAAGAACCGAUGAACAAGAAUCCAUCAUCACGAAAGUCGCUGACGCACUCUCAUCCCCGUUUACCGUUUCUGUUUGUCUGUUGUAUUUUCUAUUGCAUGCAAUAAGUAAAACAUAAAGAAUAACCAGAAGAAUAACACAACGGACACCACCGGUAUUUUCUGAUCUGAAGGAUGUCUCUGUGCCGACGAGAAUAUAAGAUAUCGUACAUUUGCGUUUUUAAAUGUUCCCAGUUCAACGGUUUGUUCUGUCUCUGUACAACCUGGCGGAUCCUGUUCUGUAUAGUUGUGCUCACAAACAGGGGUUUAUCUUGUACUGUAUAUCUUUACUCAUUGGACAAUCAUGGGGGGGGGGGGGGGGGGGGGGGUUUUAGGAGGAGAGUGAAAAAGAAGAAGAGGAAGGAGAGAAUAAGUCUUGAGAGAUCUUGGUACUGAACCAAUGGUGCUGCGUUCAAGUCUCACUGGAGUGCUGGAAACGGGAGCGCUUUGAACUAAAGAAAUAACUAACGACACUUAACCUGGAUAAUAUAUCACUAAUCUCUUGAAUUACUAAUAUUGUGAAUAUAACACAAGUACUACGAUAAUUCUUCCCUAUUGGUUUAGUAGAGCUGAAAUCAUGUAAGAGGCUGAAUCUGUCCAAGGGGGGUAGCCGUCAUUGAUGGAGCUGGUUAAACAUGUCUUAGUCCUUAAACUUAAACACUCAUUGACGGCUAUUGAGAAUUUGUUUAGCAAUUUUUAGUUUUCCUACCUGCACCUGAGAACCGCGAAGAGAAAACGUAAGAACCUAAAAGGUUUCCAUCAAAGGGAGACCAGAAUCAGGUCUCCUUUUUCCCGCCUCUUUACGUCAUCGACACUUGGGUAGGGGGAUGUGAUCCACCAAUGAACAGCCUUGUCAAUCUGUCUCUGUUCUAGGCCCCUAUUGUUUCCCCCCGUCAUCGGAAAACACACAAUCCACCCGGUAAGGUGUGAGAGGAGCAGAAUCGACUUUUAUCCAAAGGUGUACAGCGUGGAAUAAUGCCAGCCAGACAUGGGAAGAGUUAACAAGUGAAGACGGUGUAACUGUCCAUUUAAAAAAAGAACAAGAUGCUCCAUGUUUAAAACUCUAGCCAGAUCAGAUUUGAAACAGAUUUGAAUCACUUUUGUAUUUUUGUAUAAACCUGUAAAUAUAUUUUUAAAGAAAAAAAAAGUUGCAGAUUCUUUCUUUUGUAAAAAAUUAAAUAAAAAAGAGUGAGCUAGAGAGAAAGAGACAAAGUUUUUCAAAGUUUACAUGACUAAUUCCAAGCCUUUGUAUGUUUUUGAGCUGUGAAACACCUAGUCUUGGAUUAUUUAUUUUUUGGGGGGUACAACAUUGUGAAGAGUCCAUUAUUCUAUAUCUUAUUAAUUUGAACAGCUCAUCAGGCUUAGUAACUGUGCAUAGAAAAAGCCAAUAAAUGUGAUUGCGUUGAAAUUCAA